CGAAUACAAGCUAUUGAUGCAUCUAUAGAUCUAGAAGACUAGCGUUAAAGCACCCAGGUCUCCACUGUAUCAGACUCCCUUUCGCAAAGGCCCCACAGGGGCCGUUCGGCCACGAUGGCCGACGUGUCCAUAGAUGUCCAACAAUUCUGCCGGCGCUUAAAGCGACUCUAUGACUGCUGGACGAGCCAGCAAGAUGGAGUAUGGAGUGGCGCCAACGUGCUGGCGGUGGCGGUGGGCGCUCCCUCGGAGGAUCUUCGUUACUUAAAGUCUAGUUCGCUUCACCUCUGGCUUUUCGGUUAUGAGCUGCCAGAGACGGUCAUGCUCUUCACCAGGGCGCGCGUCCUCGUCCUCACGAGCCAGAAGAAAGCCUCCCUGCUCCAGCCGGCCGUGGAGGCGUGCGCCAGGGGCGAGGCGGGCAGCGCGCGGGUGGAGAUGCUGGUGAAGCCGAAAGCCGAUGACGGAGCUGGCCUGUGCGGGCAGCUGCUUGACGCCGCACGGGAGGCGGAGGCGCACCCAGUGCUGGGUCAGCUGCCAAAGGACAAGCACACGGGCAAGCUGAUUGAGGUGUGGAAUGCAGCGGUGGCGAACAGCGGCCUGCAGCAGGUGGACGUGAACGGCGGUGUGGCGGACCUGCUGGCCUGCAAGGAUGCCAAUGAGAUCCUGAACGUCAAGAAGGCCGCGCUGCUGGCUGCCAAGGCCAUGCAGAACUGGGUUGUUCCCAAGGUGGAGGACGUGGUGGACUCCGGCAAGAAGACGAAGCACAGCAAGCUCAGCGAGAUGUGUGAGGAGGUGAUCACGGACCCCACUAAGGUUCAAGUCAAGCUUAAGGCGGAGAAUUGCGAUAUCGCCUACCCACCCAGCUUCCAAUCCGGCGGAUUAUACGACCUGCGGGUGAACGCCCCGUCCAGCGACGCGCCCCUGCAUGACGACGGCGUCAUUGUCGUCUCGCUAGGCACCCGCUACUCCUCCUACUGCGCGAACAUCAGCCGCUCCUACAUCAUCAACCCCUCCAAGGAGCAAACAGCGCAGUACAACGCGCUGCUCGCCGCACAGGAGGCAGCCAUAGCGGCGCUCCGGCCAGGCGCCCCCUUGACAGCGGCCGGCGAGGCCGUGGUCAACAAGCUUAAAUCCAUGGGGCAGGAAGCGCUUGUGCCGCUGCUUUCGCGCAACGUCGGGUUCGGCAUGGGCCUGGAGUUCAGGGAGGGCACGCACGUGCUGCCGCUGCCGGGGUCAGGCAAGGCGGCCGCGGCAGGCGAGGACGGCGCGCCCCGCGUGCGCCCGGGCAUGGUCUUCAACGUCUGCCUGGGUGUUGUGGGCCUAAGUAACUCGGAGGCGAAGGACCCGAAGGCGCGCAACUACGCCUUGCAGAUUGCGGACACGAUCAUUGUCGUGGAUGGCGACCGGCCGAACGAGGUGGCCACCACGUCAGCGCCUAAGAACUUUGACAAAGUCACCUACACCAUCCAGGAGGACGAGGAAGGGGCGGGUGCGGAUGGCCGGCUCGAGGACGUCACGAACGGCGCCGGGCCGAACCGCGGGUCGGCUGGUGCUGGAGCGGCGGCUGGGGGCUUCAAGAAGGCGCUGCGGUCGGACGACCCCACGUUCAAGUCUGCUGAGCAGCUCAGGAAGGAGAAGCAGGAGGAGCUCCUGAAAAAGAAGAACGAGGAGACGCUACAACGCUUGACAGCCCAAGCCGGGGGGGCGGGUGGCGCCGCAGGCACCAGCGGGGCUGUUGGGCGGAAAAUAAGCGAGACGCAAGCGUACCGCAGUGUCACGGAGAUGCCCAUUGCCCGAGACCUACGAGUCCAGGUGGACAGCAAGGCGGAGGCCGUGUUGCUGCCCAUCUAUGGCGUCCUGGUCCCCUUCCACAUCACCACCAUUCGCAACGUCACAACGACCAACGACGCUGGUGGCGACGCCGCACUGGUCCGCGUCACGUUCAACCUAGGCCCCAGCUACGAGCCCAACCAGCGCUUCCCCAACGCCAUCUUCCUCAAGGAGCUCUCCUUCAAGUCCACGGACGUGAAGCACGCCAACAAGGUAGCGCUAGACAUCAAGCUGCUUCGCUCCUCCAUUGCGCAGCGGGACAAGGAGCGGGCGGAGCGAGCAACGCUGGUGGCACAGGAGAAGCUGGUCCGCGGGAAGAAGGUGUUCAAGCUGCCUGACCUGUGGAUGCGGCCGGCAUUCCCUGGCAAGGGCCGCAAGGUGCCCGGCUCGCUAGAGGCGCAUGCAAACGGCUUCAGGUACCAGACACCCAAGGGCGAGGUCCUGGACGUCAUGUACCGCAAUAUCAAGCACGCGCUCUUCCAGCCGGCGGAGAACGAGAUGAUCACCAUCCUCCACAUGCACCUGCACAACCCCAUCAUGGUCGGGAACAAGAAGACCAAGGACGUUCAGUUCUACACUGAGGUGAUGGAUGUCGUACAGACGCUGGAUGGCGGCGGGCGGCGAAACAUGUACGACCCGGACGAGCUGGAGGACGAGCAGCGCGAGCGCGAGCGGCGCAACAAGAUCAACAACGAGUUCCAGCAGUUUGUUAAGCGGGUGCAGGAGAUGUGGAGCAAGGACUGCCCGGAUCUCAGCCUGGAGUGGGACAUCCCCUUCCGGGAGCUGGGCUUCAGUGGUGUGCCGCACAGGUCGACGGUGUUCAUGAUGCCCUCGGUGAACUGCCUGGUGGAGCUGACGGAGAUGCCCUUCUCCGUCAUCACGCUGGCGGACAUUGAGAUUGUCAACCUGGAGCGUGUGGGCUUCAACCUCAAGAACUUUGACAUGGCCAUCGUGUUCAAGGACUUCACGCGGGACGUGCUCCGUAUCGACGCCAUCCCGUCCAAGAGCCUGGAGGGCAUCAAGGGAUGGCUCACGGACAUGGGCAUCAAGUACUACGAGUCCAAGCUCAACUUGCAGUGGAAGCCCAUCCUCAAGAACAUCCUGGCGGACCCCGUGGGCUUUGUGGAGCAGGGCGGCUGGGACUUCCUCGACAUGGAGAAAUCCGAUGACGAGGAGGAGGAGGCCGAGGCGAGCGAGGAGUACGCGCCCUCUGGCGACGGAGACGACGAUGACGAGAGCGAGAGUGACGACGAAGAUGACAGCGACGAUGCGAGCCUGGAGGAGGAGGAGGAUGACGAUGAAGAGUACGGAGACGAGGAUGAGAGCGAGGGCAAGGACUGGGACGAGCUGGAGGAGGAGGCGCGCAAUGCGGACAAGGCGCGCAGCUACUCGGACGACAGCGACGAUGAGCGGCGUGGCAAGAAGCGGAAGGCACCUGGCGCUGGAGGUGGAGGAGCUGGCGCCGCUGCCGCUGCUAAGCGCCGGAGAUGAUCAUGGGGCUAUGUGGGAUCAUGGGAGGGUUGCACUGAAUCGUGAUGGGUUGUUCGGGGGCUUUGACUUUGUGUGCCUGUCGACGUGGGCUCGUAAUUUUGGUUCCAGGUGGCCCAUGUGCCGAUCUGGAUCCGUGUAGCUUUGCGCUUUGCCACUCAUGCGGCUCAGCAGGUUGGCGCCGGCGUUCAGCCUUUGUUUACUAGGACUUGAUGCCUUGAACGAAUGAGAUCUAUUGCCCUCAUCAGGGCCCCAGAUGCAGCGUAAUUCAGACGGCAGUCAGCCCGUCUUGGCUAACAGCAAGAGGGCCCAUAGCGAUUGUGCCAUGGCGUGUCUGUGGGUACAAGUAGGAACACUUGAGAAGUGCCUAGUUGCACGUUUGCAAGUGCACCGACUGCCCGCUGCACUUGCAGACGCUCGUUGUUGGAGUCAUACGGCACCUCGCCUGCACACCCAUAGGACGCUGGGUACGGAAGGAACACAGGAACUUUCUCAUGGCGGCACGGAAGGUCGUCGUUAGAAGGGUUUGGAUCGG